GUCAGGAUGUAAGAUGAAGUACGUUGUGGCCUUUUCGAUUUUGCUCGUGCUCAUGAUACUCGGAGUCGGGAUGUUUCUUCAGCUCCAGAAGAGAGCAAAUAUUGAGAACCGAUGUUCUCUAACAUCCCAAUCUGUUGCAGGGUCUUCAUACAGGUGACAAGCAGGAGAGUACAUUCGGUGCUCUAGAACUUGUGAAGGAACGAAAACACUUCAGGUGUUUGCCAAGGUGGGUCGAAACUGCAGUCUGUACUGAAACAUGCUUGAAGACAAUGAGAAUGUAUUGUUCUUGUCAUUUUCCUGAUGGUUCAACAACAGAAGUAUCUGAUACUAAACUGUGCGUCGAUAAUGCUCCAGCAUUGCCUGUUAGCAGAGAAUUUCGUGGAGUUAAAAUAGCAUACACUUGGGACGUAGGAGAGUGGGGAAGUUGUAAUGCUAUUUGUAGUUCAGGGAUUCGACGACGAAUUGUUGUCUGUCGCAGAAGUGAUCUCAGUGUUGCCUAUUAUCGUAAAUGUGUAAGUAACAGGCCUGCUACUGUUUCGAGUUGCAUUCAAGUAUGUCGUUGGGCCACUGGUGAUUGGAGUGAUUGUAGUAUCACUUUCGGAUGUGGCCAGCAGACAAGAACUGUUACCUGUGUUCAAAUUCUUGACGGUUCCGACCAACUGACUGUCGCCAAUAGUCAUUGUCGAAAUGAUAUACUGUUACGUAUUCUCGGUAGGCCCGCUGAGACUCUAGAAUGCGAAAGAAGUUAUUACAAAUGGGUGGUUCAACCAUGGAUGUUGUGUUCAUCACGCUGUGGACCUGGCGUUGAAGAACGAGAUGUAGCUUGUAUUAAAACAGGAUGUGAUGGAAAGAUUCAUGUUGAAGACAGUGAAUGUCAUGCUGUAACAGGGUUCAUUCAGAAACCGAACACUACUCGAGAAUGUCAUUCAUCGUGUGAAUACGAUCUUGGAACAUGGAGCCGAUGUUCUCGUACUUGUGGUCCAGGAGUUCGAUUUCGCGUUGUUAGUUGUCUAAAAAUUUUGCAGCCUGGAAGGAAAGUACCACAACCUGUGAGUGACUGCGAUGCUGACACAACAAUUCCGUCUCCUCGUCCACCACCAUCAAACGAAACUUGUACUAGAGGUUCUUGCAGAUGUAAUAGAGAAGUAAAGUAGACUACAAUACACGUGUGUUUACUCCAAAACUCUCAAACUCAACUACGCAUGCGUCUCCCAUGUCACAUUCUUCUAGAAUCUACCCAGUCUCAAUGACGAGGGCGGAGAAAGACUGGGUCGACUCUAA